CGGCCGCUGCAAGUGCGCGCUGUGGGUGACAGACGCUGAGGACUUGAGAUCCGUUAGCUCAGUUCGUCGCGUCCUCGGAAAGUAGACGGUUCGGACGUGCUGGAGCAGGGCGACUGUGCGGUGCCGCCGAGCUGACUUCUGUUCGUCGCUGGCCCCCUCACGCCAAGUGUCGGUCAGAUGACACAUGACGUCUUUUUUUGUCUGAACACGGGAGCCGAGGGAGUGUUUGGCGUCGCUUUCACACCGCGCUGGAGGACAAGCAACCUGCUAGUGGCGGUGCUCGGCUCUGGGCUUCGCUUUCUUUGUCGCUUCUUCAGAGACAGCGGUAAAAUAAAAUUCAAGGCGAAGAAAUAACGUAUGUGCGUCAAAGGAGCAUGUCAGGGAAACACUACAAGGGGCCUGAAGUCAGUUGCUGCAUCAAAUACUUUAUAUUUGGAUUCAACAUCAUUUUCUGGUUACUUGGAAUUGCCUUUCUGGGGAUUGGACUCUGGGCAUGGAAUGAGAAGGGGGUGCUCUCCAAUAUCUCCUCAAUAACAGACCUGGGGGGCUUUGACCCAGUGUGGCUCUUCCUGGUGGUUGGAGGAGUGAUGUUCAUCUUGGGCUUUGCUGGUUGCAUUGGGGCACUCAGGGAGAACACUUUCCUACUGAAAUUUUUCUCUGUUUUCUUGGGCAUCAUAUUUUUCCUGGAGUUGACAGCAGGGGUCCUGGCCUUUGUGUUCAAAGACUGGAUUAAAGAUCAGCUAAACUUCUUCAUUAAUAACAACAUCCGAGCGUAUCGUGAUGACAUUGACCUCCAAAACCUCAUUGACUUCACCCAGGAAUAUUGGCAGUGCUGUGGAGCGUUUGGUGCUGAUGACUGGAACCUGAACAUUUAUUUUAACUGCACUGAUGCCAACCCCAGUCGAGAACGCUGCGGGGUACCCUUUUCCUGCUGUACCAAAGACCCUGCUGAAGACGUCAUAAACACCCAAUGCGGCUAUGAUGUGAGGGCAAAGACCGACAGCGAGCAGCACAACUACAUCCACACCAAAGGAUGUGUGCCGCAGUUUGAGAAGUGGCUGCAGGACAAUCUGACUGUGGUGGCUGGCAUCUUCAUUGGAAUUGCAUUGUUACAGAUCUUUGGGAUUUGCUUGGCGCAAAAUCUUGUGAGUGACAUUGAGGCUGUAAGGGCAAGCUGCCUGCAUACCUGACUCUGACAGACCCCCUGGCCCUUGACGUCGCAGAUCCCUUCAGAUGUGAAGAGGGUUUUCCAAGAUACAGCAGUAUCCGAAGCCCCCCAUUUUCACACGAUGAAGUAUCUGUAUUUAUGUUUUAUUCUUUGUCUGUAUGCAUAUAUUUAUAUAGAUGUAUGGAUAUAAAUGUAUGUUAUAUCUGUAUCUCUAUAUAUACUAUUGUAGCAGCUACAUGAUACAGAUAUUUUGAAGAAAUUAAGAUAUUGUGACAUUCUAUUUGUUCUGUGACAAGUGACAACAAGGAAGUCUCCAUGCACUGCAUGCCUACCGUCUGGCAUUUGUGUCCCAUGUGUGUCAAACACGGCAGUCAGGGCAGGCAGACAGGCAGGCACCGUUUGACAUGACCCACCGUGGAGUGGUGCCCGGCUGUCGUGCCACACUGUACAGUAGUCUGAAGCACUGACCCAACACUCGUGUCUCUCGAUUUAGUUUGCGUUUACACUGAGGGUCCAGUGAGUCCACAAGCGUCUUCCUUUUAGCUCAGAUGUGUGUAAAUUAAAACGGCCCUUUCCUCGACGGCGACAGGCAUGUUCGUUUUUCUGAGUGACGCAGAUUUCAGGUUGUCGGUCAGGCUGUGUGUAAUUUGGAGUUCUAAUCUGGUGCUCCAGUAUCUGAAUAUCAUGUCAAGCAGAAUACGCAAAAACGGUCAGGAAAGACACAAAAAAGAACAGCAGGAACUAAAUAGUGUCAAAGUAAAAGAUCGAAGACUCCAGUAUGUAUAUAAGGAAGGAAAACUGCCAAAUUUCCCAAACUACGAGAAGCACCGACGUCAAUGUGGCUUCUUCUACCCUAAAACGAGAUGUGAAAAUGUGUAUAAAAUUAACGUCAGGCCAUCGAGACGUUCUCAACAGACGCACAUCUUUAUGUACAGUAUCUAUAUCUCUAUAUCUAUACAGGUGGCACUGAGCUGACAUUUGUACAUCUCUGAGACGUCUUUAGUCACGAUUGUCACGUCUGUCCCGCCGUCGUUUCAGCUGUAAACUGCGUCAUGAAGAGAUGGCUUAGCGUGGAUUCUGGAAUUUCGUUUAACUACAAUAUUAUUAAAUAUAUUUUUCAAAUACACACGUCGUGGGACUUCACUGGUUCAUUAGGCGUAAGGAAUAGCGAAGAGUCUGCCGUUCCCUCCUGUCAGGGGGUCUUAAUGUAUUGAGGAUUUAUUUACAAAUUUAACUCCGUUUACGUUUGCUUAGUUUCUACAUUUUUUUUUUCUAAAAUAGUUAACAAAGCGUAUCCCAACUCAACUUAGCACAUUGACGUCUGUCCACAGUUGACAAUUCAACAUGCCAGUUAGUGAGUGGAGCACAAAAUAUGAGCAACAGAGCCGGAGUCCGCAGACGCACCGUCACCAACCGCGUCGUUCUGAAUUUGCUCUGCAGCUCUCUGUCCAGGGUGGUUCAUUUACUCCUUCUGCUCACUCGGCCUCUUAUGAAGGCACGUCUCUUAUUCUUACCCGUUAAUGACGUCUGUCAGAAACAACGCGCCACCUCCAUCAGUCAUCCCCAGCAGGAUGAUUCUAGCCGAUUGUCUUACUGCACGAGUCACGCUCUUCAGAUGCCGUCAGUGUCUGUAAAUGAGAAGAGAAGGUCUGCUCGGCAGAGUCCGGGCGUAACGUCAAGUUAGACAUCCUGAGCCCAGAUGAUGCCCUCUUUGGCCUUUUGUGUGUUUUCUGUAGCAACAUUUGAUUGGUGUGAUGCCACUCAGUACUCUUGUGUGCCAUUUGUGACGGGGCUGGCAAAGUGGCAGACGAUGGACAUGGAGGCCGCGUUGUCACAAAUAUUUGUAAAAAGUUUGUCUCCUUACUUUCAUAACAGACCUCCUAACUGUGCCAGUUCAGCAGUUGUCAUGUAAAUGAAAAGAAGCUGGUAAUGAAAACUGAGCAGCCGUGCAAGUCCGGGGGCAAAUGUCUGCGUCUGUUCACGUUUACACGUCCACAGCCCAGUUCAGACGGAGCCGUCCGUCCAAUACAGACACCGGGGAGCAUGUGAUGGAGGCUCGUCUGCCAGCUUGAGGAGAAUGUUCAAGAACGCAGGGCUGAGACCAUCCUGCACCUUAGGAACGCUAAAGUCAGCUUGGCCAAUGAAAUGAAGUCCCGAGUGCCUCUAGGAGGCUGUGGGCGCACUGCAUACCACCUAAUGCCAUGCAUGCCUACAGUGUCACAUCUCAUUUGGACGUGGGCAAUAGAUACUGCAGCUGUCCAAGUGGACGUUAGUUAAGGUCCUCGUGCCAGUUUGUGUCAUCGUGUUCUGCACCAGCAGACAGCACAUGGCUACCACAUGGAGACUUUAUGAUCAUAUAAAGAAGGACCCGAUGACGAUGGGGUGCAGUUUGCUGACCUCGUUUAGUUUUCAUAGUCAGGUGGGCCUUUGAGCUGCUGGCCUUCUACUGAAAAUUGUUGUGAUGUUUUGAUGGAGUAGAAGAGCAGGACAGCGGAGGAGGCUUACUGUCCCAUUGUCGAUUAUUUCUCGUAGUCCUCGUCCACAGCGGCUGUCGUGACCCCAGCCUGCUCGCCCCUCAUUACCUGAACCCGCUCUGUGGAUGCUUUCAUGUUAAGUGGGCGCUCGCUGCUUCAGCCCUUUAGGAUUUUAUCUAAUUUAAAGUGCCGCACCAGACUAACGCCGUUUCACACUUCACGCCAUUUUAACUUUAAAUGUGAGGUCCUGAUGACGUUUAGACAACUGAAAGCCUGACUUCAGCUUGUCGGCCCAUGGAGUUAUGACCCGAGUUUAAGUAGUCGAGAUGAACAGGACAGAGAUCUCAAAAUGAAAGGCUCUCAGUUGGUAAAAAUAGUCACCUUGUGACUGGUCAGAGUGGAGCUAGGAUUACUUUUAGCUUUCUGCAAUUCACCAGUGACAGGUCAGAAUGGAAAUUUCUGGAACGUAUUGGCCGACGUUUGCAAACGAGGGGCUUUGCCCGUUGCCCUGUUGAAGAGAUCUGUAAUUCUGUCUUGUUAAAAUGCCCCCGUUGGUCUCUCGCGCUCAUAUCCACUUAUGAUAUUUGUAGUGUGGUGAGUUCCACUUAGUCUAAAUGUCACCGCUAGGGACAAAUGUGCCAUUUUACAGAAGUACAAGUGGAGUUUGAGACUCCCGGCAGAUUUGUGAACUGGCCCCUUAGGCGUGAGGGUGGCCACCCACCAAUGGCCUGGCACCCUGUCCACCCGUCGUUUCUGCCCUGGACAAGCAGGUUGGGAAAAUGGAUGGAUGGACAUGGAAGCAGGCCUGGCUGUGCAGCUUCAGUUCUGAACGUGUUGGCCUCACUCGGGCUACGUUUGUAGAAUUCUCAAUUCUGUGCCACUAACUAAGAUGGACACCCAGUUCUCUCUCUCAUCUGUAUGACCCCUGCAAUGGACUGAGGUCCCUUAACCCAUAUGCCUAUUAGUGCCAGGAUGGGCUCCGGCCCUCCAUUACCCAAUUCAAGUCUACUUCACAGACCUUUAGCAAACAUAAGAAGGCAAGCUGGCAUCCGUGCCUCCUCCACUCUCCUGGUGUGCCACGUCGUGUGCUCAUUUUUAUUCCAGCAGUUGCACAGUCGCUUUAAAUUCCGUGUUCGGUUGGACUGCCCAAGGACACACCUGUGACUUACUGUAACACUAGGAGAGCAGCACAGACACUUACACAUGGCACAUGCCUGGCACCACCAUGGCUGCAUCACCACACAGUCCCCUGCACCGAUGUCUCGGCAUUCUAUUCACUAAUUAGUCUCCUCUGCUUGGCAUUGCUGCCUCAUGCCUGGACUGACUCCAGCUGCCUUGUGAGCCCGACUGGCAUGGCACACGGGUGACAGGUAGAGGGUUCUUUGUGGUCAGGGUGACGGCAGUCCCAGGUGUAUCUCGUCGAUUGUCAUGUCACGUCUUUUGGUGCUUUUACUUGAAGCCACUUGGGAAAUCAAACAGAAGAAGCUGGCACUGUGAGUUUCCAGGGUGGAGGCAGUCAUUGGCCUGCUGCGCCAACUGGAAAAGGAACUUGUGCCCAUUAGUAAGGUCCCCCUCCAGCCAGGUCUGGUGCUCAGGCGUAGCUGGGGGCACACAGGCGGGCAGUAGCAGCAGGGAGACGCUUUCACAAAACGCUGCAUUUGAGUCCAAAGAGCUCACUCAGGACUGUGACCGUGCGGCGCCAGGACCCGUAAAGACACGACUUUCUUGUGCAAGAGGUGCCAACAGCGUAAACUGCAGAAUGAAACGAGUCGUCGCUCAGAUGUGACGGUUUUGCCAAAAUUGUAUCCGAGAGGUUGGCAGGCGGCUGUGUCCGAGUGCGAUGUCACGUUGGCAGGCGUGUCCCAAGUCCUCUAGUGGCGUAGUCGACGCGCUCCACUGCUGCUGCACCGACUCCUUUUUUAUACGCAGGUUUUGAUGGCUAAUCCACAAUUUUAUAUCGGAUGUGCUUUGUUUCACUUUUCUAUUGUGCUGUAAAAAUGUAUUUUGAAUUGUUCAGGGAGGAAGUUUAACUUUGAAUAAAGCAACUGAGAAAUAAAUCGAGA